GUUUCACCGGCAGUUCAGCGGACAACUCGUCGUCCAGCAGGAAAAAGCGCCAACUUCUGCUGCACCGUCUGAAUUGUCAAACACUCCGUUAACGGUUCGAAGACUGGAUAUUUGGCCAAAUACAUCAGACUUCAAUCUGGAAUGACUCGUUCAGUGAGGUGCGCUGUUGCGUCUCAGUAGAAAAUAGAAAUCACCUCUCCAGGUAGCGGGGAAAGAUGCCAGGUCUGCAGGGGGAGAACGUGGUGGCGGCGCUGGGGAGCCCCGUGAAGAAAAGCAAACUCUCUCUGAAGUUCUUCCAGAAGAAAGAAACCAAACGAGCUCUGGAUUUCUCUGAAACUCAGGCGGAUGAGCCCAAAACAGCUGAACCAGGGGAGCCUGAGCAAAGCGGCUGUGAUCAGGUGGUCCCUGGUCCAUCUCCAUGUCCAGCCUCCCCAGGCCUUCUUCUGCCAUGUGAGAAGAGAGAGAACUUGGUGCCAUUUGUGGGGCUCAACAACCUGGGAAACACCUGCUAUUUGAACAGUAUCUUACAGGUUCUGUAUUACUGCCCAGGCUUCAGAGAAGGAGUCAAGAAGCUGUACAACCUGUCUAAAAGAAAAGACAAACCAAAGGAAGAAACAGAUAAAAGUGAAGAGCAGUCAGACUGUGUGUCUGAAGCUCUCCCAGCUCACAUCGAGCUCCUGGGGAGCUUCAACAGUCUGAUACUUUCAGUGGAGCAGCUGCAGUCCAGCUUCCUGCUCAGUCCAGACAGCUUCAACGAAGGAGAGCUGGCUACACCACCUCGUAAAUUACUCCACACGCUCAGGCAGCUGAACCCCAUGUAUGAAGGCUAUCUUCAGCAUGAUGCUCAGGAAGUUCUGCAGUGCAUCCUGGGAUAUAUCCAGGAGGCCUGUGACACCAUAAGGAAGGAGCAGCAGCUGGAAAAGGAGGAUGACGAUGUGACAGAAGUCAAAGUGGAAAACGGUGUCAAUUUGGCCUCCAGCAGCUCUGUGACAGAAACCAAACCUCCCACAGAAGAGGACGGCCAAGUCAGCGGCAAGAGAAAGAGCGACACUGAGGUGGGAAAUGCCAAGAAGAAGCCAAAAUCUGUCAAGUCAAAGAAAUCUGACACUGUGCAAGACAACAGUAUCAAUAUACCCUUCACUCGCUCUAAAAGAAAGUCAUCCAGUGAUAUCACCAUGGACAAGACCCAGAGUAAAGAUGGAGAGGUCAAAGCGGAGGAGGAGGGGGCGACGAAACUGAACCAGGAAGGAGGAAGUGGUGAAGAGGGGAAAGAUGAAAAAGCAUCUACAGAGACAGAUGGGAAGAGGAAAAAGAGAGCCAAGCUGAGCUGGCUGAGGCCGUCGGGGAAACAGCCGAGUAUCUUCUCUAAGUUUUGCAGCGUGGGGAAGCUCAGCUCCACGACUGUGAAGAACCAAAGUAAAGCAGAGGAGGAACAAGGAGUGACGGACGACCAGAAGAAAAGUCCAGAGCUGCCACCUCAAAACACAGCUGAAGACAAGAAGGCAGUGAAACAUCAAGAGGGCCUGGGCUUGAUGGAGCGCUUGUUUCAGGGUCGGCUGGUUCUGAGGACUCGAUGUUUGGAGUGUGAGAGCUUCACGGAGCGGAGAGAGGACUUCCAGGACAUCAGUGUCCCAGUGCUCGAUGAUCAACCCAGCAGCCCCGAUGACCUCUCUGAGGUCUCUCCAGACCCCAAAACAGAGCUGAAGACUCUGAAAUGGGCCAUUGCUCAGUUUGCAUCAGUGGAGCGCAUCGUCGGAGAGGACAAAUACUUCUGUGAGACGUGCCAUCAUUACACAGAGGCUGAGAGAAGUCUGCUGUUUGACAAAACUCCUGAAGUCAUCACCAUUCACCUGAAGCGCUUCUCUGCCAACGGCUUGGAAUUGGACCCUUACGCAGGUCUCUCUAAGGUGAACACUCCCUUGCAGACCCCUCUGACCUUGUCUCUGGAGGAGUGGUGCACUCGGCCCUCGGCCACUAAAGGUCAACACUACCAGCUCUUCGCUGUGGUCAUGCACAGCGGCGUCACCAUCAGCAGUGGCCACUACACCGCCUACGUCCGCAUGUCAGAUCUGAAAAACGUUAAGCUCGGAUCGCGGGACAGAAAAGAGUCAGGAGAGGAAGAAGAAGAGAAGGAAAGUAAAGAGGGAGCACAGAUCAAAGACGAAGUGCUGCACUACGAUGAUGGAGAGGUAUCCUUCAACCUGAAUGCGAGGGGACAGAGGCGUGCAAGUUUGGCUAAAUCAGGGAGCAAAAAGCUGUCAGAGGGUGGAGUUGGACUCUUGGGAGGCCAGAGGAGUUUGUCCAGUUAUGAGCUUGGGAGCAACAGCAGCAAACACACAGAGAAAGCAGGCAGCGGUGGAACAACAGAGGGAUCCAAACGGAGAAAAACCAUCAACAGCACCAGCCAGAACACUGAAGCUGGACUUAAAAAGGAGCAUGAGGCAGCAGAGGAGGCAUCAGUGGCUCCUUGUGGUGGGGAGGAGGCCACAGAGCAGCAGGCCACAGAGCAGCAGGCUUUAAACAACCUCCUGGAAUACGAAGGCAAAUGGCUGCUAUUUGAUGACUCUGAAGUGCGUCUGUUUGAGGAGGAUGAUUUCCUUCGAGCCUGCUCUCCUGACACGUGCUCCUCCUCGACACCAUACCUGCUGUUUUACAGAAGGAUGCCUGAACCUGGAUGCUGAAAUAAACACUGUGUUGCUGCUGAGCCCCCAGACUAUAGACAGAUGUAUUUUUGCGAUACUAUAAAUUGUGCCAAAAAUACUGUGGCUGCCAUAUUAACAGAGAUAACUUUUCAGUGCAGAAAAACCUGCACCUGUGACAGUUUCUUCUCUCUUGUGGGACCAAGGCCAUUUACUGCUUCAUGUACAAAUAUACACAGGUACUCACCUCAUGGAGGCCAGUUUCAGUUCAAAGUCAUAUUUUAGAAAUACCACAAAUGAGGAUUGGAUUUUCUGAAUGCCAGGGAUGACUAAACCUUUUUCCUGUACACUGUCUUUUUACUGUCUGUACUGUACUAUAAUUUCUUUGACACUGGCUUUACUACUCUGUCAAUAUCUAUAUCACAUUCUAUGCUUUCUGUUUUCUUUUGUAUGGUUAAUUUUUAUGAAAUGGAAAGGCACUUUUGAACUGAAGUCAAACUGCAAAAUGUCUUUUUCCAGACUGAAAGUUUCUCUAUAUUCUGUUCCUUUACUGGGGACUUAAAGUGCUGUAAGUUAGAUUUUUUUUAUUUUCAUUUUUUCCAGAAAAGCCUUUACCUGCCUCUGAAAGGUUUUCCUGUGAACUGGUCCCUUAUGUAGGGGUUUUACAUACAAACAUGUACAUAUUUUGUAUAUCUAAAGGCCUAUGGUUGAUGCCAUCUAUGCUGGUAAACCUAGAGUUUGGGACACUUGCAAGUAGCAGCAUAUAUUUACAUAAAACAGUUUAGUAAAUACAGAGCUUCUGAAUAUUUUGUUAGCUUUUGCAGCGUGCAGUUUAUCACUCACCUCAGACAUCAUAAUAUUUAUGGUGCAUGAUGCUUAAAAAUCAUUUUCUUGAGUAAGCCAUUGGGUUUUUAUAGGAUACAUUUUGCAAGGUUAUAAAGAACUGAUUUCAUAUUAAAUUAAGUGUGUAGAUAACAAGUAACAUAUUUGAAUAUGCAGAUUAGGAUCUGUCGUACAUUUAACUUCAGCUGUAGUUUAGUUUUAUGCUGUGAGGAUGAAGAGGAAGGGUAGAGGGGUAGGAGGAGACAGAAACCUGUGCCCGGUGAGACCCCGACUCCCCCAACAUAUCUACUCACCUCCAGCUGUGUUUCAUUAAAGACUAAACUGUUAAGAAUUGAAAGUGCACAGGGACACAUUUGAGGCUUCAACAAGUUUGAAAGGUAACACAGAAUCGCAAGUUCUUCAAAUGUUUCUAAGCCACGAGGAAAUUUGCAGUUUUAACAGCUGCAUACAGCCAGUUUUCACUGUUGAUAUACAGAGAUCAGCCAGAACAGUAAACACACAGACGGGUGAAAUGAAGAAUAUCGAUUGUCUCCGUAAACUGCAAUAAUCUGCUGGGAAACUUUAGGAGCUGGCAUUUGUGUAGAUCUCACUUUGACACGUACCACCCACCUAAGCAGUGUUGUAGACAGAUAACAGUGGCCUCACCAAAAAACUGGUGUGGACCAACUCAAGGAACACAACAAAGAGCCAAAAGCAGUGACCCAGUCUGAUAAGAGUAUCUAUGAGAUGUUCUAGAACAAGCCAGAUUCAUGAAGGCUCCACUCCAACACCCAAAGGAUCUACUGCUAAUGUCCCCAUACCCCUAGAGGUCUGGUGUCCAUGUUCUGAUGGGUCAGUGGCACAAAGUGGACCUACACAAUGUUAAGUAGGUAGUUUUAAUGUUGUAGCUGAUUGGUGAGUAGAUCAGUUACUAGCAGUACAAACCUUUGGCUUGUCGGCGUCAGGCUCCUUAUAAAGAUGGUUAAUCUUUUAUCUCAAAUGAACUAAACUUGAUGAAACCCAGACGAUUUUCUCCUCAACGUUUAUCAUUUCAGAAUCUGCCACAACAACCUGCAGACAAAUUAGAAUCAGUGUUUGUGGUCAAAACAUGAUAAAGAAAGUGUCCCUGUGCAUGCUCAAAAAAAACCCACUGUCUCACUAACCUGAAUCCACUGCACUAGUUCACCGAUUCUCUUCUAAAAAAUGACAUCAAUUUAUGUUACAAAUACAGUCAUUAACAAUUACAAUAGUAAUACUCAGUAAUGGUGUUUAAACUCACUAAAGGUGACAUUGUUCAUCUCAGGUCCUACCAUGGUUUCAGGGAUUGACUCGUACGUAUCUAAUUUAGAUGUGUUCCUGAGUCAUUCAAGUGAAUCCCAGUUCACAAGAAAUGAUUGUUACCUGGGGGAGAUUUCCAAGAUGAGUAUUUAAAUUUACAUACUUGCAGAGUUGGUGUAAUAAAACAAAUGCAGUCCUGUUACCAGUGUCCUUUAACUUGUGCCCAUUCCAGUUGUAAUUUAUGUUCAAGUUGGAAAGCUCAUAAUAUAAGCAAUAAAGUUUUUACCUUCACAUCUUC